AUGGGUGGUGGUGAUUUAAAUUCGAAGAAAUCAUGGCAUCCAAAUACUAUAAAAAAUCAGGAACGAGUAUGGAAAGCAGAACAAGCGGUUGCGGAAGAGAAAAAGCGUAUGUUGGAGCUGCAACGAGAACGUGCGGAGGAACGGGACCGGGCUGAAUUAAAUGAUAUCAUGAGUAAAAGUAAAACUACCUCUGCAAGUGACAAUCGUUUAGCAUGGAUGUAUGAUAAACCCGACAAGAAAGUAGAACAAGAAGCAUAUUUACUUGGUAAAACCUUAGAUAAACAUGCUGAACAAACCGAAAACGCAAACCUAGAUUCUAUUCCCGCGGUGUCAAGAAGAGUGGUUGGAUCUAGUAUGCUAACUGCAGCUGGUGACACACAAGUUGAUAUGUCCCGUAAACUUCGCGAGGAUCCAUUACUGCUUAUUAAGGAACGUGAGCGUGCUGCUCGUGCUGCACUUUUGAAUAAUCCAUUACAACGUCGACGACUGGCUGAGUUAUUGAGGAAAGAACAAGAAGAAAGAAAAGAUACCAAAGUAAAAAAAAAAAACAAGAAGAAAGAUAAGGAUCUAGAUGAACUUUUAGCAACAAAACUUAACGCCUUAGGUGCAGGAAAAGGUUUAGAUUUAGCAACUCUACUUAAUUCUGAUGAGUCCUCCUCCGAAUCAGAAGACGAAAAGCCUAAGAAAAAGAAAAACAAACGGGAUAAGUCCAAGAAAAAUAAAAAACAAAGACACUCUUCUGCUAGCGAGUCGGAAGUACAUAAUAUUAAGGAAAGUCAUCGCGAAGAUAAGAAAUCCAGUAAAAAAACUUCUGAACAUAAGUAUUCUAGUAAGGAUUCAAGAAAACGUAAAAGCUCUGUAGAUCGAAGGCUUUCAAAUAGUCCUAUCGAGAGAAAGCGUCGUGAUAAAGAUAUCGUAAGUCGCAGACGAAGUGAUAGCGAUACAUCUGACAGAGGCAAAAGAUAUAACGAUGAGAAAGAUAGCGGUAGAAAACACAGUUCACGUAGAAAGUCGCCGGAAGUCCACCGAAGCAGGGAUGCCGAUGCAAGAGGCAGUAAAAAUCGCACUGUUAUGAGUGAUGAAGAAAAAGCUGCUAGAUUGGCAGAAAUGGCUUCCGCAGGAAUUGAACGUGAGAUACAGAGGGGGGCGCGCGUGGCAGAGCAUCGCGCUGCCGAAGUUGCGGCCGAGCGCCGCGCCCACGCGCCUGCACCCGCCCGGCGGGAGGCGCGCGCCUUGCCCGACUCACUGGAGAGCCGCAUCCACUCCAAUAGGCACUACAUACAACGUGACAAACGCCACAUGAAUGAAAAUUUUGCUCGCCGAUAA